AUGUUCCGACAAUUAUUUAAAGCCUUGGAACCUUUUAGGAAUCAAUUGAGUCGCGCUGUUGCCGGCAAUGGCAAUGCAUUUCAGCAAAAUUGUAUAUCAAAGGAACAGAAACUAACAGAAGCAUUAAAGAAAUCACUACCAGGUAUAACUUACGUUAGUGUGGAAGAUAUAUCAGGAGGUUGUGGAGCUAUGUUUGAGAUUAGUAUAGAAGCUAAAGAAUUUGUAGGUCUUUCUACAAUUAAGCAACAUAGGCUUGUAACACAAUCAUUGAAAAGUGAAAUCGCUGAAAUGCAUGGUAUAAGAAUCCACACUUCACCUACACCAACAAAAGAA